AAAAGUUUUCCUUCUCCUGGCGUCAUCCGGUGACGUGGUGGUUCUCAUUUCUCUUCAUCUCCCUAAUAGUGCUCCCGGUUUUAGACAUCCAAGUUGUUUGGCAAAUCAUCCCUCACACUGAUGAUGCGCCAACACAUGUUCCCCCCAUCUUUCUAGGCUUAAUUCUGCAAGAGCAUGUGUUUUCCUUUAUCUUACUUGCUUCGGCACGCUACCUGAUUUGCAAACACGCUUGCAUACGUCGGGCUGUAUCUUUGGUGCAAAAGGUCAACAAUGAACUCAUGGUGGAGGACAUGCCAUCAGAGUACAUCCCCGCUGUGCGGAAACAUGUCAUUGCGGCCAUCCUUUCCCCAUUGAUUGCUAGCAUUUCCGUGCUGGUUUCAAAUCCUACAAUUUUCAAUUCGAAAAUUCAAACUGCUGGAUUGGCCUUUGCUGUUUUAAAUGUAAUUUCCCGAUGCAUCAUGAUUGUAAUGGUAAUGGGCUCUUUUUUGCUCUGUUACCUUUGCUAUUAUAUUGUCUCUUGCUACAUUCGGCUGAUCAUCUUGAACUUGGAACGACCGCAACGGCUUCCGGAAGUGGAAAUGCUUGUUGAAAAGGUCUCGGAAACAAGAAAAACUGCUUGGAUUCCUGUGAUGGAUACAAGGAAACAAAAACUGAAGAACAGCCAAAGAAUGUUUGGAUAUUUGUGCGAGGCGCUCGUCGAAAUGAAUCAAGCAUUUUCAUUCCCCGUAUUAAUCUUCUUAACGCUAAGGUUGAUUUCAUCAGCGUUUAGUCUCUACGUUGCCAUUAGCGGACUCUUGAACGCCAAUAAUUUAAUCUUUCGAGCUUUGGUUCCUGCGUUUGCCAUGAUAUCCAUCGUUGGUCUUUUUGGUAUUCUAAUCGUUUUCAGAGCUGCUGAUUUGCCCAUCAUUGAGAUGCGAGGACUUCGCGAGAGGAUCUUUAGCAUUUUGAACGAAGAAAAAGAUCUUGACAUGGAUAUGGAAUUGAAGGCGGUGGCAUUUCUCCAAGAUAUUUCCGAGGAAAGAGUUCGAUUGUCAGCUGCAGGACUUUUCUCGGUCGGCAUGAAUGUCGUACCAUCCUUGACUGCGGCGAUUAUAACUUACCUUAUUAUCUUACUUCAAACCAAACUGGUUUAGUCUUCAAUCUUCAUUACUCUGAUGGAUGCAACACUCAAAAUAUUUGUUUGAAACCAGCAAACAUAAUUGUUACACUGCUUGUGGAGGUUUAUUUUCACCCUAUUUGUUGAAUUAAAAUUACACAGCUUAAUCUUAUUAUUAUAAUCUUAUUAUUUCUGUAGUAAAUUGCCAUAACUAUAUCGUACUUCAAUCGAUAUUUAAAGACAAUGGUACUUCCGGCUCUAGU